GUUCAGAGAUACACCUGGUGAUCCGAAUUCAGAAGUGCGAGGGCCUGGCCAUUGCAGACGAAGACAAAGGUGUGUCGAGCCCCUUUCUUCGGGUAAGCUGGGACAACAUGAUGCAGACCUCGGCCAUUUUAAAGGACACGCUCCGGCCUGUAUUCAAUCAUACCUUUUACUUUCCUGUGCGCUUCUUCAACGACAAGGUCACAGCCCGCAAGUAUUGGGAGACAGCCUUCCUCUAUGAAAUGAAAUCCAAGGGUGACAUUCAAAUUCAGCUGUGGCACUAUGACGAAGCUUCGUCCACAUCUCUCGGCUUCACCACAGCUUCUUUGAUCUCAGUCUUGAGGAGUAAUACUGUGGUCAAUUGUACGCUUCGUGGACGCGCUGAGAGCGCCAAACAGAGUGAAGAAGAGGAGCUGGACGUGCAGCCCAAAGAGUCGUCCUGGUACGAUGUGGAGAGGCCGGUGGUGUGGUACGACGGAUUCCGGACGCCAUUGGUGGGGUGCCAGAUCGCCAACCCGCAGCAGGCGCUCGUGCACUACGAGGCCUACUUCUACCCUGCCUGGCCUGUGGACUUCAAGCACAUGAACGAGCACAUGGACGACCAUGCAGGGGAGCUGGACUGGCAGGCUAAGGACGCGGAGUUUCUGAAGCGGAACGAGGCCUUCGCGGAGUACUUUGCGGGUCCCUUCCCGGACUCCAUCGGUGCCAAGAGGUGCAAAGCCAUUGGGCCCGGGCCCAGCGAGGUGCGGAGCUUCCCGUGCACGGGCGCGCACCCGAUGAACCUGGAGACCCUCCCGUUGAUGGCGUUUUUGUCCGAGGUCAUUGUGAGCCAGGACUACAUCAAGCCAGCGAAGCUGCUCCACUGGAUGAAUUGCAUCACCUUCAGAAUGUCGGUGAAACAAGAGCGCACCGGCAGGAUCACUCAAGACAUGUGGAAAGAUCCACAGUUUUUGCUGUUCAGCCGGCAGGGAACUCCACAAGAUCACGCCAUACUGCUGUGCUCGGUUUUGUUGGGGAUGAGCCGAGAUGCCUAUGUGGUGAAGGGAACCAUUCGAGUGAACGAUGGCAAGCCUCGCCUGGUGGAGCAUGUUUGGGUGAUGACGAGGGAGGAUGGUGGUUGGGUGACCUUUUGGGAGCCUUCCACCUGCGAGUUCUAUCACUUGCCCAAUCGCUGGAUCAAGCAGAAGAAGCUGGAUCAAAAAGAGGCAGUUGUGGAGGUCCAGCAGAAAGAGGAGGAUGAGGAAGAUGACAACUUGCAACCGCUAGAACGAGUGAGUUACGAGGUCCAAGAUAUCCGCGUCGACGUGGAAGGUGACGUGGCCACGGACGUGCGAGGCCCUCGACCCAAGCAGCGCGCCAAGGCAAAGGCGGCGGGCCGCGACAUGGUGCGGCAGCAGAUGUUGGAAACGCAAGCUCUGCUGCCCGUCGCGCCCAAGCAGCAGCUGCUGGCAGACAGGACCUUGGUGGAUUGGCUGCCUUACGACUCGGUCGACGUGGCCUUCAACACGCGCCAGCUCUGGGCCAAUCGCCAGAAUCAUCACCCAGCAUGUAUCACCUACAACUUUGAGGAUUCCUUUCCGGUGACCGAAGAAGAAGGCGAGGGUGCCUGGAUGACGUUGAUGUCUGACGAGGAGCGCUCCAAGCACGAGAUCAACUACGUCACCCAAAACAUCCUCAUGGAGGCACCAAUGAAGCCUCCCCAAGUUCGGAAGAUGUGCGACCAGCUGGUGGCCCUCAAUGAGGAGACUCUCCGCCUUCUCCGCGGGAGGAAUGGCAAGGAGACGAACUUUGAUCUUCGGCCCCAAUUGCUGCAACAGCUGGACAGCUUCCUGGAGAUUCACGAGGAGGUUGCAGGGUUAGACCUGGACUUUUGCCCGAUUUUCGAGAAGGACCGCGCCGAAUGGAGCCUUGAAGAAAGCCAGCUGGCGGACAUUCUGGCUCCCCGCUUUCAGGAGCGGUGCAACAGGCUGGGAACGGCCUUCAAGCAGGCGGACGAGCGCGGCAAGUACAGAUACUACUCAGCAAUCCAGGCUCAGGAGGAGAAGGGCUGGCAUCACGUUCUGGUAAGGAUCAAGAGCUUCCACGCAGGCAAGUCCGUGUUCCCCACCAUGAAGGGCAAGGAGUUUUCGGGCUUUCCGCUGCACUUCAGUAGCGCGGACAAGGACUUGAUCCGCGACUAUGUGAUGGCUGCGCCAGAGUACCAAGAUUUGAUCCAGAUGGAAGAUGAUGUUGUGUUCACCAUACACUGCAAAAUAUUCCCAAUGGCAGCAGGCAUCUCGUCCACGUGGCUCUUCUUUGGGACGCAGCGUCCGCUGCAGGCGCGCUGAGUCUGGUCUCACAGAAUUGCCCGCUGCAAAGCCAGCGUGGCUAGAUUCAGGCAUAGAGCAUCGAAAGCAUGCGACCCGGUCUUUUUGGCCCAGAUUGGCCUACUCCGAUGGGAG